UGUAAAUAUUGCAAGUGUCUAACAACAAGUUUGGCCAAAGAAAUUACCAGCUAUUUUUUCCCGAAUUUAUACGUGUAAAUCGACGCAAAGCGAAAGAUGACUUUUGAAAAUCGAAAUAUAUAUUUAUGAGAAAAAAUAUUCAAAAAGCAACUGCAGAACGCUCAUUCCUUCAUGGUAUUUCGAAUUUAAGCGGGGCCCAAAAAGACGAGCUCAUGGAUCAAGUGAAACAACAGAUCGCCGUAGCAAAUGCUCAGGAAUUGCUCACGAAAAUGACAGAAAAAUGUUUCAAAAAGUGUAUAUCAAAACCGGGCACGUCCCUAGAUAGUUCGGAACAGAAAUGUAUCGCUAUGUGUAUGGACCGAUAUAUGGACUCUUGGAAUCUCGUGUCUAAAGCCUACAGUAUGAGAAUUCAAAGGGAAAGGAACCACUGAUAGUUUUUUAUAUUCAGUUGACAAAUGUUUUAUUGAUGCAUUUUGUACAGUUAGUUUCUGUAGAGCUCAUUUGUACAUAUAUUCUUGUUCGGCACAUUUGAUUAUUUGCCGGAUCGUCCAUUCAGAAUAAUUGUUUUGAUGAUCGAAAUACAAGUUUCACUUUCAAUUUUUGAAUAUUUUACUAGUCUCCAAAUAAAUUAAAAUUGUG